UCCCAUUAUCAAGAUGUUAGCUGUACUAUAUGUGUGUGUCAUGAGGCACAAUAAAAAUAUUUUCACUCAGCUGCAGUUUAUAGAGAAUAAUUUAUAUGAUAGAGUGCUAUAAUAUCUACUAAGUUAUAUCAGUUUUACUGAAUUGUAACUUUUCAUUAAUUUUAUUUAGUUAAGGAAAUAUAUGUUUAUAAAGCCACAAGUUGCCAUUACUAAUGUACCAACUAAUAUUUACAAGCUAUGUUUGUGUGGGUUCUAUUAAAACUUUUACUACUUCAGAACAUUGCAGUUGAAGGAAUGUGGCGCUAUUUGCGUUGCCCUCAAAAUCAAAAGGAAUUAGUGGACCUUUUGGAAGAUAAUGGAGAUGUCCGUGAUAAAAGAGUGGCCCAGGUGCUACACAGUGUGGAUCGAGGACACUACUGCUGUGAUGCUGAUACUCCUUAUGUAGAUGGACCAUUGCCUAUAGGCUACGGGGCAACCAUAAGUGCACCUCACAUGCAUGCCUAUUGUCUGGAGAAACUGAAGCGCCACUUGAAGGAAGGUUCCAAAGCCAUGGAUGUGGGCUCAGGGAGUGGCUACAUGACAGUCUGUCUGGCUCUCAUGGUAGGGGACGCAGGACUGGUGGUGGGGGUGGAACAUAUGCCUCAGCUGCUCAACCUCUCUAUAGCCAAUGUUCUGAGUGACAAUCCAGAUUUGUACAACAGUGGCAGGCUCCGUCUAGUCGAAGGAGAUGGAAGAAAAGGAUAUCCACCUGAUGGUCCUUAUGAUGCCAUUCAUGUAGGAGCUGCUGCUAAACAAAUCCCUCCAGCUCUGCUGGAUCAACUGAAGCCUGGUGGCCGAAUGGUCAUCCCAGUGGGACCGUCAGACAGCCAGGUCAUGACCAUCAUAGACAAACAUGCCGACGGCCAAGUGGUCAAAACCUAUGAUGCUUCUGUCAGAUUUGUUCCUCUCACUGACAGACACAAGCAACAGUUUUCCAACUUUUAAUUGUAAAAUAUUGUUAAAACAUUUUAAAAAUCACUUACCUUAUAAAACCACCUCACUAAUAAUUCAGAAGAUAAGAGCUAAUUUGAAUUGUAUAAGUACACAACUAAGAAAGAAAUUGGUCAUCUCUAAUUUUGGUGCUGGUCAAAAUAAAACAGUAUGAAAAUUGUUAAAAACAUGAAACAAUUAUUUUUUCUUAGAUCAUAUAUUUUUAGUUUGACACAUUUAAAUCUAACCUUUGUCAGAUACACGUAAAUAAAUAUUACGUGCUUUCACCUUACUAAGCUUGAAGUGUUAACUUUACCCUAUCUCUAUAUUCUCGAGGUCACCCUAUAUUGUUGUUCCAAAUGCGAAUUGCUCCAAGGCAAUGACGUACAUCAAUACAGGACGAGAGACAGUGACAACUUCGAAAAUGAGCAUCACAGAGUGACAGCAUUUUAACACUUGCCGUCUUAAAUUUGCGCAAGACUAAUCAAUAAGCUUUCUUAGAGUAUUAAACAUCUAAAUAAUCCCAAACUGUUCAAAUCUCAAUUAAAACACCUUUUGUCGUUUUACACUGCUGAAGAGUUCAUGAUGGGCCACUAGGAAGAAAAUAUUUGAAUAUUAUAAUUGAUAGUAAAAGUUAAAUCCCAGUUCUGAUAUCGAAAGCUAUGACCAAAGCCUUAUCGUUGGUGCUAAAAUUAGUAUUAUAGUUGUAUCGAUAUAAAUAUUGACGCAUGCUAUACAGUUGUAUGAUUGUUUUUGCAAUAAAAGAUAUUAUUAUUAUAUACAGACCCUUAAAGUAUUAAUUUCCUGUUUCUUUAUCUAGUUGUCUGACAAUGAAACAAAUAUUAUUUAUAUGUCUGACGAUUGAUUUUAAGUGUAUCACACUUGAAAAAACAUAAUCCAGAAAAUAAUUAUAGUUUCAUAUUUUUAACCUUGAUUUCAUGAAAAAUCAGGUUGUGUGCUCAUAUAGUGCAAUUUGGCUCUUGUCUCCUAGACUACAGCACUCAAUAGUCAAAAGCAUUAAUAUUAUUUUCCCCAUUAAUAAAAACUUUUGACAAUAAUUCUUAAUACUAAAAAUAUCUUAAUACUAAACAAGCUCUACACAUUUCAAAGUACAAGUUAGCUACACUAGUUCAGAGAACAUUGUAUUGUUGACAGACAUGCUUUACCUAUUUUUGUUAUGUAACAAAUAGUUCAAUCCUAUUGUACUUUCUUAAACAUAAAGGUACCACAUCAUUAAAUUCUAUUUUUAUAUAACAA